CACCUACCUUGGCGGAGAUAGUCUCAAGGCGAGCCACAAAAUAAGGGCGAGGAAUUCAUCUCUGCCUUGAAGUCUGAACUCUCUCUUUGCACCGAGGUAGUGCUUAUAGCUCCUGACUUUCAAGUGUUCUCAUCGUUGCUGCCAUCAUGGCAUACACUUUCUCUCAUGUCAAGAAGGUGCUCGUGGCCAAUCGAGGCGAGAUUGCGGUGAGGUGUAUAAGAGCAUGUGCUGCAGCUGGAAUCAAGAGCGUGUCCGUCUACACGGAGAGUGAUAGCACUUCUGACCAUGUCAGCCUGGCUGAUGAGGCUGUGUUGCUGUCAGGCCAAAACGUGAAUGGAUAUCUCAAUGUUGAGAAUCUAUUGCAGAUAUGCCGGGAUCACGAAGUAGACGCCGUCAUUCCAGGAUACGGGUUUCUCAGUGAAGAUGUUAACUUUGCUAAAAAAGUGCAAGAGGCUGGAAUGAUUUUUGUAGGACCUUCUUCGGAAUCUAUACUGGAGAUGGGUCAAAAGCAUCGUGCUCGUGCGCUGGCAGUGGCUGCGGGUGUACCAGUUGUACCUGGGACGCCCUUGCUCACAUCAGAAGAAGAAGCCAUCACAGCGGCAACGAAUCUGGGAUUUCCCGUUAUGCUCAAAGCGACUGGAGGCGGUGGCGGUAUGGGUCUCGAGGUCUGCUAUGCAGUCACGGAUAUCAAGGCCGCAUUUGCAAAGGUCAAAGGGCGGGGAGACUCUCUGUUUGGAAACACAGGUGUCUUCAUGGAGAGGUACUACCCAUCUAGUCGACAUGUGGAAGUUCAAGUUUUCGGAAACGGGGUCGAAGUCAUACACUUCGGAGAAAGAGAGUGUAGCAUUCAACGGCGGCAUCAAAAGGUGAUUGAGGAGUGCCCAAGUCCAUAUGUUCAUAAACGACCUGAAAUGCGCAAAAGGCUUACCCAAUGUGCUAUUGCGUAUGCUUCCGAGCUUAAAUACAAGUCCGCGGGGACUGUCGAAUUCCUAGUCGAUGAUAUAUCUGGCGACUUUUUCUUUCUGGAGAUGAACACCAGAUUGCAGGUAGAACAUGGUAUUACAGAGCUUUGCUACGAUGUUGACCUGGUAUCUCUGAUGCUUCGACAAGCGGAUUAUGAAAAGUCUGGCGCAAUCGGUAUUCCGACCGACUACUUGAAAAGUAUACAGAAAGAUGGACCAAACGGUGCGGCAAUUGAGGUUCGAGUAUACGCUGAAGUCCCGUACAGGAAUUUUGCUCCAAGUCCUGGAUUACUACAAGCUGUAGAAUGGCCAAAAGGCGAGGGUAUUCGAGUUGAUACUUGGGUAAGAACUGGACAGCGUGUGGCGCCAUACUAUGAUCCUUUGUUGGCGAAAGUCAUGGUCCAUGCGGAAAAUCGAGAGGCUGCGAUGCCAAAGAUGCUCAAGACGUUGUCAGACUGCCUGUUGCAAGGACCAGCAACCAAUCUACACUAUCUUAGUGCAGUGAUUGCCUCUGAUGGUUUCCAGAAAGGAGAAACUCUGACAAAUUAUCUCUCAACCAAAUUUCAGUACAAGCCUGCUGCUUUUGAUGUGCUGGAACCGGGUGCAUUUACAACGGUGCAAGAUUAUCCAGCGCGGGCAACCAGUGGACAUGGUAUCCCUAUCGGAGGUCCGAUGGAUAAUAUUAGUGCCAGAAUUGCGAAUAUUCUGGUGGGAAAUCCUCCUGGCCUGGAAACGCUCGAAAUCACGGUAUCUGGCCCGGAACUGCUGUUCACUGCAUCAGCCGUGUUUGCAGUUUGUGGUGCACCUAUGCAGGUUACCAUUGAUGGAGUUGAAAAGCCAAUGUGGUCAAGGCUUAUUAUAAAAGCUGGUCAAAAGCUCAAGAUUGGUGCUGCAAAGAAGGGUGGCUGCAGGAACUAUCUUGCAAUCAAAGGUGGAUUUCCAGAUGUUCCGGUAUAUCUCGGUUCAAAAUCAGCAACGCCGAGUCUUAAGUAUGGGGGUACUCAGGGUCGGCAACUUCAGACCAGUGAUUAUAUUGCACUUGCGGAGGAGACGGAGAUGUGGGCAGCGGAAGCUACGGAAUACACUCUACCGGCAUCAUGCAUUCCCAGUUUCGAUAUAACCGAAGUUUAUGUCUUGCACGGGCCAUAUGACGACGACACCACCAUGACUGCAAAAGAUCGCGAAAUGCUGUACAACACUGCUUGGAGGAUUGGUCACAACUCUAAUCGUACUGGUAUUCGACUGGUUGGCCCAAUCCCCGAAUGGGCCAGGAAGGAUGGAGGUGAUGGCGGUGCUCACCCCUCCAACGUCUUUGACUAUGGUUACCCUCUCGGUGGAGUCAACUGGGGUGGUGAUUCUCCUGUUGUCUUUUCUAUGGACAGUCCUAAUUUAGGUGGUCUUAUCUGCUCAAGUACGGUCAUUUCUGCAGAUUUAUGGCGGAUGGGUCAGCUUAAACCUGGAGAACAUGUUCGCCUCAAACCCACGACAUAUGAUAAUUCGCUCGUGUUAGCGAAACGAGUGGAGAGUUUCGUUGACCAGAUCCAAAAGCUGGUUGAUGGCAAGUCAGGUGAUGUUCCAGUCUUGGACUUGGUACUGCCUCCGGGUGAGAUUGGUGCGAUCUUGAAGAAGGUUGAGGAAAAUGGAAGUAUGAGGCCAGAAGUCAAGUAUCGACAGGGAGGAGACUCCUACCUGAUUGUUGAAUUUGGGAAACAGAAAGCGGAUAUAGCAAUAACUUGCCGGAUACGAUUACUGAUACAGAAACUUGAGGCUCUCAAGAUCCCUGGAAUGGUCAUGAACCCUUCAAUUCUUGGUGUAACAAUACAGUUCAACUCGGAGGUCAUCACACAACAUCAGCUACUGAAGACGGUUGAUGAGCUGGAAUCCGCAAUCGAACCAACUUUAGAAGUCACUCUCCCAGUCAGGAGCGUAUCCCUUCCUAUCGUGUUAGAUCACCCAGCAAUUACCGAAAGCAUAGACAGAUAUAUGGGAACCAUUCGCUCCAAAGCCAGCUAUCUACCCGACAAUGUCGAGUACGUUCGUAAAGUCAACGGUUUCGCAACGCGACGAGAAGCCUUCGAAAGAGUGCUGCAAUCGAGAUUCCUUGUCGUCUCGGUAGGCUUCCUAAUUGGUACCCCGAUUCUGUUCCCUCUGAACCCUAUGAGCCAAAUAACGGCGCAGAAGUUCAACCCAACUAGAAUCUCGACCCCAGGUGGUACCGUUGGCCUAGGAGGAUCGCUGCUUGCUCUAUACCCGAUUGAACAACCAGGUGGCUUUAUGAUGCUCGGAAGAACCCUGGAGACCUGGGACACAUUCGGUACCAAGCCAGGAUUUAGUCCCACAAACCCGUGGCUCUGGGAGCCAUUUAAUAUGAUUACUUUCCACGAAGUGUCAGUUGACGAGUACAAUAAACUCGAAGCCGAUUUUAUUGCUGGACGAUAUCAAUGGAAGGAAAGUGAGGAUAUUUUCAAUCUGCAAGAGGUCUAUAACACAUUCGAAUCGGCUAAGACGGAUCCCAAAUUCCUCGAAUUUAAAGAGAAGCAGAAACAAGGUGUCGAGGAACAACUCUCCAUCGAACACAAGCUAUACGCCGAGUGGACAGCCGGUAUCGAGGCUGCAAAAGCCAGCGAAGCAGAACGACUCCAAGAGAUCCUAAAACUGAAUCCCAAUCCCAUCAAUAUCGAUUCACCGAUCGAUGCCAAUGUCUGGAAGGUCGAAGUGAAGGUCGGGGAUGUGUUGAAGAAGGGCCAGGUCGUGGUCAUUCUGGAGGCUAUGAAGAUGGAGAUUAAUGUCCUGGUUCCGGAUGAUGCGGUGGGUAGCACGGUCCAGGCUAUUGCGAGUAAUCCGGGGAGCACAGUCGCUCCGGGGAGCUUACUGGUAGUUGCGAAGGGAAAGCAGCCUGAUUCGAAAAGUGAAUAGUAAUCUUCGAUGAAUUUGAAUAAAAUCACUCUUUAACAAAGG